UCCAGUUCCACUCUCUACUCUUCUGUUACUUAUUGCUCUGCAGAAUAGCUAGAUGUGGUUUUUCACUGAUUCCAUCUGUCCAAUUUCAUCGGCUACAACCACCGUAAUGGCCUCAGCAGAGGAAGCAAGAGUUCCCACUGCAAUUCCGUCGCCAACUCCUCCCGUUACUAAGUUACUAGUGAUAAGGAAAAAAACGUUGCUCAUGCUCGUCAAGUCAUUGAGGAUGCUGCAGCAAAGGGUGCUCACCUGAAAUAUGGAAUAGUCCAUAUUCCAAUGAUAGUUUUCCAGUAUGCGCACCGGUGGUGAUGCAUCGCCUUCAACUGCAAUGCUAUCUGAACUUUCUCGUAGCCUAAAGGUCACGAUAGUUGGUGGUUCCAUUCCCGAACGAAGUGGUGACAGAUUGUAUAACACUUGCUGUGUCUUUGAUACAGAUGGAAAGCUUAUAGCUAAGCACAGGAAGAUUCAUGUGUUUGACAUUGACAUUUCUGGCAAAAUGACCUUCAAAGAAUCAGAGACUCUUAUAGCAGGGGAGACUCCCACCGUUAUUGACACAGAUGUUGGACGUAUUGGUAUAGGCAUAUGCUAUGACAUUCAGUUCCAAGAGCUAGCAGCAAUAUAUGCUUCCAGAGGUACAGUGCCUUGUAACUAUGAGGUCAUCAUUUCAAGUUUCCGAUGCUUCUUCACAUUUGUGAGGUCCACCUGAUUCUUACGAAAUCUUAUUAUUUCUAUUUGCUAGAAGUUGUCUCCAUUAUGAUCUGCUUAAGAUAAAACGCUUAUUCAUCUAUCAAAUUAAUGCUGUAGAUUAACCUAUCAUCUAGUCUUUUUUGUUCUACUUA